UUAGUGGGCGCGACCAACCCACCUGAACACACUUUACAAGGUAGAGGAUAGAGUUUUGUUGAUGCUGAGAACAAAAUCUAUAUGUUUUUACAUAACAGUCUUCAAACAUUCUCCAUUACAACAAUUUUCUUGUGUUUUUUUUAAUAGAAAGUUCUCUUGUAUUUUUUAAAAUUGUAUUACUUUCUCAGAAAUCCAAGCAACUAUCCUGCACCAUUCCCAGAAAAGUUGUGGGAAGGUUGUAUGCAAAAUAACCACAGGACAAUCAAGCACUUGCCAAGCUCUAAAAACAUAUUGUUCUCAGAACGUAACUGAUAAUGGACUAGUGAUAAGAGUAUCAGGUUUAGAUACAGUGCAAUAUACAGAGAGCAUGAUCACUUUUCACAGUGAGUCACUACUUUGAAGACAUGCAACAACCUUAUCCCAUUUCAUUUUGACUGUUAUCUGCAUCAGGCACGCUAUCCAACGCAGCAGUUACUACUAUCCAACCACUAUCAAAUACAGCCAGUGCAUCCCAACCAGCCAACACAGCCACUUCAUCCAGUGCAACCACACCAUCCUGUUUGACCCGUCGAUGUCUGGCCAGCAUGCUGAUUGCGAAAGAAGCUCGGAGUCCGCCACAGUCUCCACGGUGCAUCUCAAUUAUCCGUGUGCCGUCAAUCGUGUACGAAACUCUGUCUGUCGAUACAAAAAACCUCCGCUUCGAGAGUCGUCUGGAAGUCCCGCUGUCUUGGGAAGACCCUGAUUUAUCAUGGGACACAUCAGUCUAUCAUCAUGAUAUGGUGGUCCUGCCUGUCAGCAAAAUCUGGACUCCUGAACUCCAUGUGACUAAUGGAGUGCAAACAACGAUGAAGCACAGCAACAAGGACUUGCUGGUGCACAGCAACGGGACUAUAGAGCACAUGGUCAUCAUGAACACUGUGGUGGGCUGUGAAGUCAAUCUGUACAACUACCCCUUCGCUUCAGAUUUCUGUGCCAUCGCCCUGAAUGUGUGGGCAAUUAGUGGAUGUGGCAUGUUCCUGGACUUUGGGAAUGUGAGCACAACUAGCGCAAACCGUGGGGACUGGCUAACCGAGGAGGUGGAACUCAAUGCUAAAGGAGGCAGAGAUGAUCGCAACUAUCUAUGGGUAUUGCUGAAAAUGCGGUCCGAAAACCCGUUUCUAUCCCUGGUCCUGCCCAGUAUACUAAUCAUCUUGGCUGAUGUAGGCAGCUUCGCCCUGCCGCUGGGAGAGAGUAAGCGCAUCCCCUUCAAGGUUAAACUGGUUCUCAGCUUCAUCAUGUUCCUCAACAUCCUCAAGGACCUUCUGCCUGGAGGAGGCCAGUGCAGCCCCAUCAUCCGAAAGCACUUCUGUUUCUGUUUGGUCAUCCUGGUGUUGAGCACGUUGCAGUCUAUGGUGCUCACACGCCUGGCUAAGUGUGGCACUCUCUGGCCCUGCAGCCUCUCCAAGUCCAAAGACUCACUGCUUAAAGACACAGACAAUGAAGACGACUCCAAGUUUGAUUUUAAAGCCUCAGAGGAAGAGAAGAAUACAGCCCUCCAGAAGGUGGUGAAGUUUCUCAACAAAAUGGCUGCACAAGACCAGAAAAAUGCUAUACACCAUCGCUUUGCCAACAAAGUGGACUUGAUCUGUUUCUGUAUCUAUCUCACCAUCCUCAUUGUUUACUCAUUCAUCAUUUUAUUUUUCUCCUUUGGUUCUCGAUGUGAGAUCGACCAUUUACAAUUCUGGCAUUAAAUUCUGUAUUUGCGUUUAACAAUGAUAUUUAAAUAAAUAUAAAGUGUGUACUCUUCA